AUGUCUUCAUUCAUAGUCAAAUGGGUUGUCAAUCGUCUUUUGAAAGACAAUCAAUGGAAUAGGUUGGGAGUCGAGGAUCCGUACUACGAAUAUGUCCAAGUCCAGAAAAGAAAUGGAACACAGUUGAAGAAGAUCACCAGGAGAAUACCAGAAGGAAUAUCCCAACAUGACACGAGCAUCUUGGAAGCUUUCAAGAAAAAAGCUUACAGGUACGAUUAUUGGUUCAAGUUGCUAGGGGUCCAAUUUGGCUGGUCUAGCAUCGUCAGUGUUGUUCCGGUUGUGGGUACUGUGAUCCAAACGUUUUGGUCAUUGCAGUUGUUGGUGCUUGCUAGAAAGAUACAGGGCGGAUUACCGUUGGAUUUGCAAUUGUUGUUUUUGUUGAAUAUUGCUAUUGAUUUUGCAUUAGGGUUCAUUCCCAUUAUUGGAAGUUUGAUUGAAAUUGGGUACAAAGCAAACUCAAGAAACUUUUUAUUGUUGGAAAAGCACUUGGAUAGAGUUGGACAGAAGAACAGGGGGUUAAUUUCGGAGGAUGAGGUGCGUCCAGGUUUUAUCAACGAUACUGUGCAACCAUUUGUCGAAGAGAAAGUGAAGCCAUUCGUGGAUGAAACAAUCAAACCUGGUGCAAUCAAAGCUGGAGACCAAAUCUUGGACUUGCUUCAGAGAAAACCUCGUAGCUCAAGCAUCUCAUCAUCUACCUCAGGUGUUAGCUCAAAAGGCACUAGCGGGUCCACAACACAAACAAGCACCGCCACUGUGACUACUUCAUCAAAGCCGCUGCCAGUUGUUGAUGCGAAAACUAAAGAGACUGAUUCUACCUUACUGCAUCACAAUAUCGAUUGA